CUAUUGAUCGGCAUCUUUAGUUUAGGAAGUGAAGAAAGCGGGGGAGCCGUCUGUAGUUAGGGUUUUCGGGGCGCAGAGAGCAAAAGCUGGUUGGUUGAAAGGCGACUGAGCGGGAAGCAGCAGCAGCAGCAGCCAUGGCUAGCACCAAAGUUCAGAGGAUUAUGACCCAACCUAUCAACCUGAUAUUCAGGUUUCUUCAAAGCAAAGCUCGAAUUCAGAUUUGGCUCUUUGAGCAGAAGGAUUUGAGGAUUGAAGGCCGCAUCAUUGGUUUUGAUGAGUACAUGAAUUUGGUCCUGGAAGAUGCUGAGGAAGUCAACAUAAAGAAGAAGACCACGAAGCAAUUGGGGAGGAUACUUCUGAAGGGGGACAAUAUCACAUUGAUGAUGAACACGGGUAAAUGAUGUUCCUGGCUUUGAUGCCUAGAUGUUCGUGAAUGUUUCAGUUACUACCAGCGCACUUGGAUGGUUUAUUUUCAGUGAUGAUGUAUUAUUCUAGAUACUCAAUAGCUUUUCUCUUAUUCAUAGCUUUAUGUCUCAGCUAUUAACUUUUAGUAUGAGCUGGUAAGCCAAAUUGUAUCUUCCAGAAUUGUUGUAUGAAUUGGGCAAUGGCUUCAAAUUCAAUUGCCUAUUAUGUUUUCUCCUUCGUCAUUAGCCAA